AUGGAACCAAACAUAGAGGAGGCUGUCAGGGCAAAAGAGAUUGCUGAGAAGCGAUUUGCUGAAAGAGAUUUUGCUGGUGCAAAGAACUAUGCUUUAAAGGCAAAAACUUUGUGUCCUGGAUUAGAGGGUAUAUCUCAGAUGGUGGCCACUUUUGAAGUUUAUAUUGCAUCUCAGGCUAAAUGCAAUGGUGAAAUUGACUGUUUCUCUGUUCUUGGAUUGAAGCCUUCUGCAGAUAAAGAUGCAGUGAAAAGGCAGUAUAGGAAGAUGGCCGUGUUGCUCCAUCCUGAUAAGAAUAAAACUGUGGGAGCUGAUGGAGCAUUUAAACUUGUAUCUGAAGCAUGGACUAUGUUGUCAGAUAGUCUUAAGAAAAAAUCUUAUGAUGUCAAGAGAAACAAACAGAUGGCAUCUUGUGUUGUUCAGACAAACUUAUCUUCAGUUCAUGCUGCUGGGGUUACAGGAUACAACCAUUGUUCAAAUUCACCCACUGCUCAUGGACUUGACACUUUUUGGACAGUUUGCACCUCUUGUAAAGUUCAGUAUGAGUAUCUUCGGAAGUAUGUGAAUAAGAGACUUUCUUGUAAGAACUGCCGGGGUACUUUCAUUGCCGUGGAAACCGGGACAGCUCCAGUCAAUGGUUCUUUCCCUUACUGUCCUUGGUCAUGUGUCCCUGGUAAUGGUUAUAGAAGUCAUGGUUAUGAUGGGGUUGCAUAUGUCCCAACCACCACUGCCUUAUAUACAGGAAAUGGGGUCUCGGGAUUGCAUGCUGGACAUGGUUAUGAGUAUGUUUCAAAUGUAUCAUUUCAGUGGAGCUCAUUCUCUGGAACUUCUGGGAGUGUUGUUGGCUCCAAUGGAUCAUGUACAGUACCUGCUGAUACUGUUUAUCAGGCUAAUGGAAAUGUUAGUGCAGCAAAGGUUAAACCAGCAGCCAAUGGAAGGCGAUCUAUGAAAACUGUCACUGCGAAAAUAAACCCUGAUGUCCCUGCAAGCUGUAAUGAAUCUUCGGGCUCCAAGACUGGUAGACCUGAUAAGAAAAGGAAGGUUGUCAUUGGAUCCACUUUUAGAAAUGGGUGUGAAGAAAAAGAACCUAAGUCUGGUUCUGAAUUAAGAUUGGCUAAUGGAUAUGCACAUGUUGAGCAUGAUGCCAAGCUUUCCUGUCCGAGUGAAGUUCCAUCAAAACGCAGUUCAAUUGCACCGGCUUUUGAUGCUAGAAAGUUGUUGAUUGACAAGGCAAGGACUGACAUCAGGAAGAAAUUGGAGGAGAUGAGAUUAGCUUCAGCUGCAGCAGUUAAGGAGAACAUGAAAGAUCAACCCACGGAGGCAGGAGGGGCUCCUAAACAAGCAAAUUUGGAUGUUUCUGGUCGUCAAACAAAGCCAAACAAAAUCGGGCCAAUCUCGAUAACGGUCCCUGACCCUGAUUUCCAUGAUUUUGACAAAGAUAGAGCUGAGGAAUGCUUCAAGCCAAAACAAAUAUGGGCUUUGUAUGAUGAAGAUGAUGGUAUGCCUCGCAUAUACUGUUUGAUUCGCCAGGUGGUCUCAGUUAAUCCCUUUAAGAUUCACAUCACUUACUUGAACUCUAAAACUGAUAGUGAAUUUGGGGUGGUGAAUUGGAUAGAUUCUGGGUUUACUAAAUCUUGCGGACACUUCAGGGCAUGGAAUUCUGAUGUUGCUGAUCAAGUGAACAUUUUCUCUCAUGUUUUGAAAGGAGAAAAGGCUGGUAGAGGUGGCUGUGUUCGGAUAUACCCCAAAAGUGGAGAUGUUUGGGCUGUUUAUCGAAACUGGUCACCUGAUUGGAACAGAUCGACCCCAGAUGAUGUCAGGCACCGGUAUGAGAUGGUUGAGGUCCUUGAUAAUUACUCUGAAGAGCUUGGAGUUUGUGUUACUCCUCUGAUCAAGUUGGCUGGUUUCAAAACGGUAUACCAAAGGAACUCGGACACAGAUGCCAUUCGAUGGAUUCCAAGAAGAGAGAUGGUACGCUUUUCUCACCAGGUGCCUUCUUGGUCACUUGAAGGAGAAGCUAGUAAUUUGCCAGGAAAGUGUUGGGAUCUGGACCCAGCUGCAACUCCAGAUGAGCUACUUCAUGCUGCAACAGAAGUGGAGGCAUAG